UCAAAACAUUUAUUGUUUAUUUCCGGUUUUGGAGCGGGAACACAUGUGAGCAGUUAGUUGAUGUAAAUCAAAAGUGUUUACAAUGACAAGAGGUCAUACAGAACUAGGGGACAUAACUCCUCACAACAUCAAGCAGCUUAAGUUAUUGAAUCAAGUGGUAUUCCCUGUGACUUACAAUGAUAAGUUCUAUAAAGAUGUAUUAGAGGUGGGAGAGCUGGCAAAACUUGCAUAUUUUAAUGACAUUGUGGUUGGUGCUGUUUGUUGUCGUAUUGAUACAUCUGAUAACCAGAGGAGAUUAUACAUAAUGACACUGGGAUGUCUGGCACCAUACAGAAGAUUACAUAUAGGAACAGUUAUGUUAAAGCAUGUGUUGAAGAUCUGUGAGGAAGAUGCAAAUUUUGAUAAUGUAUUUCUACAUGUACAAGUAAAUAAUGAAGGAGCUAUAAAAUUUUACGAAAAAUUUGGAUUUGAAAUCGUUGAAGAAAAAAAGAACUAUUAUAAAAGAAUUGAACCUGCUGAUGCUUAUGUGUUACAAAAGACAUUCAGAAAAAGUGGUGAACAAACAAAAGGAAAGGAGAAAAAUUGAAUGAAAUUCUGAAAUAAUUGACCUUUGGAACUAGAAGUCUUUGUGUACUGAUGACAAAUCUUAAGACAAAACCAGAGAAACAAAUUAAUUGAAACAUGAAUCACUGUUGAAAAAAUCUUGAACCUCAACCUAGUUAUUGGUACAUGCUCCCUGCUGAAGAAAUGUUCUGUCUCUCUGGACUUGGCAAUAAAUAUAUAUACUAAAAAAACUUCAUGAAUUAUAUAGGUCUUUUUGUAUGUGAAAUCAUGGACACUUUCACUCAUAAGUCUCAAAAUGCAUGUAUCUUAAAACAAAUGUAUGCUACUUAAACAAACAUCAGUCCAGCGAUUAUUUGUGGAACCCUCUCUUUGUACCAAUUAAGUAUAACAUGUUUAUGUAAAGGUUGCAUAUAUUUGUUACAAAGUUAUGUGCCAUUAUCUUUUUAUAUGCUUUGUGAAAUAGUGUGCUGGGUGUUGAAUUUUGGCAUUAAAUAGAUUAAAUUUAUUGACUUUUAAUUUGUUAAGUUUCCAUUCAGGUUAAAAUUGUCAAUGUAUAUAUGCCUCUAUCUCUCUUAAAUUCUUAAAGAGACUUACUGUUGACUUUAAUAGUUCAGGUUUAAAAUAUAACAUGUUUUAAAAGAUUACUAAAGAUUGUAUAUCUUGAUCAAGAAAACUUGUAUGCAUUUUGUUUUUGAAAAAUGCAAGAUGUUUGUGAAAGGUUUUGUGAUCAUCAUGAGAAAACUGUAUAUAAUUGAUGUAUCGCUACUAAAAAUAUAUACCAUCACCUAUACAUAAAUUUGUUUAACUUGGUAUUCAUGGAAACUUUUCUAUUGAUAUUUUGUACUUGUGUUAUUGUAUAUGACUUUAAUUAAUUGGUUUUUCACUUUUCAUUGAUUGAAAAAUAAGCCUUAAUGUGCA